GCCGAAGCCACGGAUCCUGAGCAUCGGCCCGCAGCGCUGCGCCAUCCAUGACGACGACGAUGAUGAUGAUGGCCUUGGACGUCCAGACUUGCGCGGUGUUCACGGUGGUCGCGGUUCUGGUGCUCGUGAACGUGCUGCUGAUGUUCCUCCUCGGUACUCGUUAAUGGAUCUGCGCUUGGGGCCCGGUUCGCAGCGCGCCGCGCUCUCGCACCGGAGAGGAGAGCAGAGCGGCGCGCGCUGGUCCAGAGCGGGGACGCCCGGCGCUCCAUCACGGAUACGCGUUGCAAUGAAUGACUUGAUAAGUGGAGGUUCGGUUGUCAAUGCUGAGGCGGUAUGGGACCAUGUGACCAUGGCGGAUCGGGAGUUGGCGUUUAAGGCUGGUGAUGUCAUCAAGGUGCUGGACGCCUCCAACAAAGACUGGUGGUGGGGCCAGAUUGACGAGGAGGAAGGAUGGUUCCCUGCCAGCUUUGUACGGGUGGAACCCCACCCUCCUCAGCCCCAAACAAAACAGGUUUUCUAUAUCAACCCCAUAGCAACUCCACGGUUCCAAAACACCACGUCAAAGCUGUGGGUGAACCAGGAGGACGGAGGGGCAGAACCAGUCGAGGGGACCAGCGAGGUUCAGAACGGGCACCUGGAUCCAACCAAUGACUGCCUGUGUCUGGGCUCGCCCCUCCAAAACCGGGACCAGAUGAGGGCUAACGUCAUCAAUGAGAUCAUGAGCACAGAGAGACACUACAUUAAGCACCUCAAGGACAUCUGUGAGGGUUACCUGCGCCAGUGUAGGAAGCGUGUGGACAUGUUUAAUGACGACCAGCUGAAGGUUAUCUUUGGAAACAUUGAGGACAUUUUUCGCUUCCAGAUGGGUUUUGUUAGAGAUCUGGAGAAACAGUACAACACAGAGGAACCACACCUCUCUGAAAUUGGGCCAUGCUUUUUAGAACACCAAGAUGGUUUUUGGAUCUAUUCCGAAUACUGUAACAACCACUUGGAUGCCUGUAUGGAGCUAAGCAAACUGAUGAGGGACGGCAGGUACCAGCACUUUUUUGAGGCUUGCCGUCUCCUCCAGCAAAUGAUCGACAUCGCCAUAGAUGGCUUCUUGCUCACACCGGUUCAGAAAAUCUGCAAAUAUCCUCUCCAGCUGGCUGAGCUUCUUAAGUAUACUGCACAGGAGCACAGUGACUAUCGAUAUGUGGCAGCAGCUUUGGCUGUGAUGCGGAACGUCACUCAACAGAUCAAUGAGAGGAAGAGGAGGUUGGAGAACAUUGACAAGAUCGCCCAGUGGCAAGCAUCAGUUCUCGACUGGGAGGGAGAAGAUAUCUUAGACAGGAGCUCGGAGCUUAUCUACACCGGGGAGUUGUCAUGGAUCUAUCAGCCGUACGGACGCAGCCAGCAGCGAGUCUUCUUCCUCUUUGAUCACCAGCUGGUACUUUGUAAGAAGGACCUGAUACGGCGGGACAUCUUGUACUAUAAGGGCCGCAUCGACAUGGAUCGUUAUGAGGUCCGGGACGCCAUCGACGGGCGGGACGAUGACUUUAACGUCAGUGUAAAGAACGCUUUUAAGUUGUACAACAAAGACAGCGAAGAAAUCCACAUUUUCCUGGCCAAAAAGCCGGAGGAGAAGAUCCGCUGGCUCAGGGCCUUCCACGAGGAGAGAAAAAUGGUUCAGGAGGAUGAGAAAAUUGGUUUUGAGAUUUCUGAGUACCAGAAGCGACAGGCAGCCCUGACAGUGAGAAAGGUGACCAAACAGAAAGGUGUAAACAGGUGCACGCCCCCCUCAUACCCGCCCCCGCAGGACCCCCUCAGCGCGGGGCAGUAUGAAGUAACGGAGGACAUGGCACAAGGAGAAGUUUUUGAAUUCAGCCAAUCCAAAAGAGGCCAGGCACCUUUCUGGCAGAAUUUUAGUAGAUUAGCUCCUUUUAAGAAAUAGACACAAAGACACUUCUGAAGGACCAGCUAUUUUUCUUAGAAGCACUAAACACUGGAUGAUAUCGUCCCACGAUGAAGAAAUUACAAAAACCACACACACACGAGACUCUGAAGUUAAGGACCAAUGUUGUUACAUCGUUUGAUCGGAAACACCAAGAGGACUAAAGACUUGGAUUUAAAGAACAAACUUUACAAUUCCUAUUUGUUAGUAACGUUCUUAGUUAUCACGCUGCUCCUGCUGACUCAUGAACUCUUUCCCUUGGAUUCUGCACAUUCAUCUGAAUGUUCUGGAGUUAUAUACAUAUAUAUAUAUUGAGAUUGUCACAUGGUUUUAUUUUUAAUUCAUCAUUUUGGACAAAAGGAAAGAAGGGAAAAAAUGAAAUUGUGUCCAGAAGCUGAGAUGUGCUGCUAUUUGAGAUUGUUCUGAAUGUGAGAGCGACUGAUGACGACCUCAGCUGAGGGGUGUGUUGUGUUCAGGAACGUCUGUUCUCCAAAAGAUAAAUCAUCCCCAUCACUGAUCACCCACAGAUCAGGCCAUCUCUGCUGAUGGAUCUCCACCUUACUGCCAUGCUCAUUUUUUCCUCCAACAGUGUGCACAGUAUUCCCCCCUUCUCUCUAUCUCUUUCUUUUCUUUUUAAGUUGGUGUCAAGCAGCGUUGCCAGAGAGUCGAAGUUUUCCAGCCCCAAAAAUCUGUUAAAAUCCACCAGUUCACCCAAAAACCUGCCCAAUCAGUAUAUUGUUACAGUAUAUUUACUGUUUGAACAUGAACGCACAUCAGCACAAGCCAAGGUGAUUUAACAGUAUGUGGCAAAACGCAACAAUCCGACCAAAAACUUACCAGAGUUCCCAGCAAAAUCGGAAUG